AUGGAAAAGAUCAAAUCUUUAGAUACUCAAGCAUAUGAGUACCUUAUAGACAGAGAUCCUACUACCUGGUCUAAGGCAUUUUUUAAAGAGGGCAGAGAUUGUGAUGCAGUUGAGAAUGGGGUGAGUGAGAGUUUCAAUUCUGCUAUUAGGCAUGCUAGAAGGAAACCAAUCAUCACUAUGCUAGAGGAGACUAGGAUAUUUGUGAUGGAGAGGAUAUACAGUCAAAGAGUAGAAAGAAUUGAAUGGGAUUUGAAUAUCUGUCCAAUCAUUAUUGCCAUAUACAGAUUGUGGGGGGUUAUUCCUUGUGGUUAUCAAAAGUAUGAAGUUAGGUUCAAUGAUGCAGCAUAUGGAGUGGAUCUAAUUGCAAAGACUUGUGCAUGCAGAAUAUGGCAACUUACAGGGAUACCAUGCUUACAUGGAGUAGCUGCAAUCUCUUCCUUGAAUCAAGAUGCAGAAACAUAUAUGUCCCAAUCAUACAGUAAAGAGGCUUAUCUAAAAUGCUAUAAUUAUAUCAUUAACCCUCUCAAUGGUAGUGAUAUGUGGGAAGAAGUUCCUUAUCGAAAGCCUUUUCCUCCCAAAAGAAGAAGAUUACCUGGUAGGCCAUCAGUGAAAAGGAAGAGGGAUGCAGUGGAAAGGGAGUUGAGUGGACCAGUUAGACAUUAUGUGACAAGAAGGGGAUCCCUGAUAAAGUGUAGUAUUUGCAAGGAACCAGGUCAUAACAAGAUAAAGUGUCCAUCUAAGCAGCAAACAAAUACAUCAGCACCAAGUUCAUCCAGGGGUAGUGGAGCAGGACCAAGUCAACCACCAAGUUCAUCAUGGGGUAGUGGAGCAGGACCAAGUCAACCACCAGUAGCAGCCCAACCACCUCCACCACCACCACCACCAGCUGCAAGGCCUGUCCCAAGAAGGGCCCCAAUUGGUAGAACUGGACGGAGGAAAUAUUCUAAAAGGAUUGUCAAAUGGCAUUGA